AUGGCCGAACACUUGCUGCGGACACACCCCGCACAUCUAACGACUCCAGUAACGGCAUUGGCCUAUCACGAUAAUGAGAUCCUUCUCUCAGGACAGGGCCCGUAUCUGAAGGCCAUGCUUAUCUUGACGUCAGAGACCCUGAGCUGCAUACACCUUGGUGGCGACUGGAAAGUUCAUCGAAUCGUUUUGGCAAAUGUCCAACGGAUAAGCCAAACGUCUGAGAGUCGCCUGUUCUUGGCCUUUGGAGCAAAGAGCAUGAGGAUCAUUCGCCUGGUAGUUCUGAGGUCAGGAGAGACAACUCGCCCAACUGUCUACUUCCAGCAUCUAUGGAAUCUGCCUCAUAUGAAGGAUUGGAUCCUGGACGCACAAUGGCUGUGGCCCAAGUCGGAUCUACCGGGAGAGUAUCCGACAGUUCGACCUAGUUUGAGGCCAGCUGUGAUCUCUCCACCCACAUCUAUCGCUAUUGGCUACGCACAUAACUUUGUUGAGGUCUUUGAUCUCCCUCAGGAUCCGUCCACUAUUCCAUCUCAGAAGAACGAUUUGUUGAUGGCGGACGGCCUUCCGGAUUUUCGAAUGUCCUAUUCGGUCCAGUCCGAAGAACACUGCACCCUUUUCUGUGGUAGAUUCCACAACAACACGCUUGAGGAUCUUUGGUUUGCCAGCGGUACUGUGUUUUGUCACGCCCUGCUCUGGAAGGUACACUGCAAGGACAGUACUGAAGCACCAGUCAUGAAAAGUCUUGUCGGACACGAAGGCAUAUUAUUUGGAAUUCGAUGGAGCGACGACGGAAGGGCCGUUUGCACUGUGAGCGAUGACAGGACGAUCCGUGUCUGGGAUAUUGCACAUUCUACAAAUAUUACUCAUUCUACGCAUUUCGGACACACAGCCAGGGUCUGGGAUUGUCAAAUUGUUGGCCAAUAUCUCAUCUCGAUAUCUGAGGAUGCCUCUUGCCGCGUCUGGAGGAAUCCUUUGUUGGCGAACUUGAGUUCUGCAGACGACAUGUCAGAUUGUUUGGCUUGCUGGGAGGGCCACGAGGGCAAAAGCGCCUGGAGUGUUGCAGUUUCAGAACAUGGUGUUGUGGCGACCGGAGGUGGUGACGGAGGGAUUCACCUAUGGAGACUGGAUAGCAUUGUUGCAGGAACAUCAGAUACUGAGCAAGAUACCGAGGACAUUGACCUUCCCGACAUUUCAACGUACUAUCCGGGUAUUUCGUCCAACGAAAAGGAGUUUGUACGCGAUUUUGUAAUUACCUCACAGACGCAAUCCGUGUAUGCAACGAACACUGGAUAUAUUUUGGUCCGCAAUGACCGCGAUGGCUCAUGGAGUACCCUGUACAAUUCGCCACUCCUCAAGAACUAUGUCACGAUGGAGGCAUCGCAGUGCGGCCGUGUUGUUGUUGCAGGGUGCUUGACAGGAAAACUGAUCAUCAUGAGUGUUUGCGGCGAGUUCCAGCCCUUGAUCGCCGACACGCUGGGUGGCAUCAAGAUCCAAUUUAUUUUCUUGCAUACUGGUGCAGGGCCCAGUGAUUUUUUUAUCUUCAUCUUCAGAGCUAACUGCACCGUCGGCGUGUUUCAUUUGAGCAUAUCUACGGGUACAUCUGAGGCAUCCUGCUAUCAUGUCUGCGACCUGAAACUACCGAACAACAACAAGGCAAUUCAUGCAGCCUAUUACUCUUCUCGCUACAAUCUUGCGUUGCUCGGCUCAAGGAACGGCACUGUCCUCGUAUACAAUCUGGAUCAAGCAGUGGAGAGCUCGGAAGGGACGACGAUAUUGGACAGUAUGGCUGUUCUUGAGCGAUGCCAUGGCUACGACUCUGUCUCCAGUAUUUUGAUGGUCACUGAGCUCGGAGAGGGCUUUGAAGGAAAGGAUCGUAUCACCGUAUAUACCACUGGACGCGAUGGAAGCUGGGCAAAAUAUCGUUUCUUAGGAUUACCAGGGGGCGAGGCUGUCGGAGCCGGAUCUGCUGUCGAGGAUGAGGACGAUGAUGAAGAUCAUUCUGAUAACGGCGAUCAAGAUAUGGCCAGUGUGUCGUGUGGCGACGACACUCAGAGCCGAGGAGGAACUGUCACGCCUGAUGACCGUGAAAGCAAAUCGGAUAUUGUGUUACAAAGGAUCUUUAGAUCAAAGAUCACUAAAGGGUGGCUAGAGCAGGUUUUCCUCAUGGACGGAGAGCUGCUGCUUCUUGGGUUCUUCAACAAAAAGCUGUUUGUCUACAAUGAGUCCAAGCACUUUGAGAUAUUUUCUAUGCACAGCGGAGCUGCCAAUCGCCGUCGUUGGAGAUUCCUCACAAAUAACGCGAGGUUGGAGCACACAAGGCUCAUGUUCCACAGUGGAUACAAGCUUUGCAGUUUUUCGAGAGAGCUCACGGCUGGUUCAGAGCUCUUCCAGAACGCUAAGCUGCAAAACAACUUCCAUGGUCGUGAGGUGCGACACCUGCGAUUCCUGAGCGAUGCCAAACCUCUGAGCGAAGGAGCACCUGCACCCAUAAUCCUGGCAUCCGGCGGAGAAGAUUGCCGUCUGCGCCUGUUCCAAUAUAUCCCUUAUAAGACCAGAAAUAUGUGCACGGCAUUACAACCCCUCUGCAAUCUUAAGCCGCAUCUCGGCGCAGCGAUUCGGUGCUUGGAGUGGAGCCAUACCAUUAAUCCCCACUCGUAUCUGCUGUUUACCGGAGGUGCCAUCGAAUCCAUGCGUGCUUGGCAGGUCAACCUGAGCGUCCCCAACAGCUACAAGGUUCGGAUCGUCGAGGACCAUCUCGGAAAGAAUAUCCCAGAGCACACCCCAUUGUCGUUGGGCUGCUUGGAGCUGGCUCAGUGCCCCCACGUCAGUGAAAAUCUUGAGACAAGAAUCAUGGAUUUCUCCGUAUUCAGACUGGACAAUCAUCCCCAAAAACACUUUAUUGCAACUGUAUACUCUGAUGCUGCCAUUCGGGUAUGGCUAUUUGAUGAGGACAUCAACGGCUUUGUCUUGACCAUUGAUGCGACCUAUCACAACAAGUGUAUUCUGCAAGUGUCGCAUGUCAAAAUCGAAGGAGGCAUUCUAAUUUUCACUGCUGCGACGGACGGCAAGGUUGCUGUUUGGGAUAUCACGUCUGCAUUGGAUGCGUUUCUCCUAAAAUACUGCGCCGAUGAUGACAAGCCCGUACAGCCUUCAAGUCCAUCCUUUGGAAAGAACACAAAAAAGGUUCAGAGGGCAUAUGCUCAGGGACUUUCGAGGCCUAUUGCUGAGAUCACGGCGCACAUGUCCGGAGUCAACAGUCUGUACGUUCAAAACUUGGAUCAGAGUGAGGUUCUGGCAGUCUCCGGAGGCGAUGACAACGCGCUGGCAGUGACUCUGAUCAAGGCGACGUGGGAUCCUGAGCGCCGUACCAUUGAGGCACAGUCAGCCAAUGUGGUUGCCAAGGACAACUAUGCACAUGGUUCUGCUAUUCAAGCGGUGUCUAUGACGAGCGCGUCAGAAAUUAUCACAACGAGUCAGGAUCAGAUGGUUUCAUUAUGGCGAUUAGACCAUACAGGCGACGAUGGGGCUGCGGUUCUUGUCAAAGAAGAAACGCAGUUUGUUCACGUUCCUGACCCCUCCACCAUGGAUAUUCUCACGUCUGCAGACAGGACCAGACAUUGUGUUGCGAUCGCCGGAAUCGGCGCCCAGAUAUUCGAUGUCGAGGCAUCCUGCUCAUAG